GGGAGGAGGGGCAGCACAGUCGUCUCACCGACACUAAAGCAUACACACCUCCCAGUAGAGCACACGAGCAAUUCAACCACCCACAGCCUACCAUGGAAAACUACAACCACAAGAAAUUCACAGGAGCCCUGAAGCGGAAGCGGUGCCAGGAAGAGGAGUCCGACGACGAUGUGGUCUUCAUUAUGGAGCAGUGCGGCCAUCGAACCCCUGAGAAGCCGCAGCCCAAGCGCCGCUUCUUCCGGCCCUGGCUGGACGAGUCGUUGGCACAGGAACAGGAACACCAGCCGACACGGACCCGACAAUCCCAUCCCGGUAGCCCGGCUAGCCCUCCCUUGGUGGAUGCCAUCUCGACGUACCACGCCAACAUGGUGCGCUCUCACACUCCCCGGCAGCGCAGUCCCCAGGAGCAGCUGCGUCGGGACCGCAACACCUUGGCCAGUCUUCGCCACAGACGCUCCAAGCAGCAGGAACAGGCUCUCAUGGAGCAGCAGUACUUCGAGUACCGGCGACAGCACGAGGCCAAUCUGCAGCAACAGGUCCGGCUAAGCCUCUACUACGUGCGGUUCCUGCAGCAGACCAUGGCCGCCACCAGAGAACCUCUGCAGGCUUCCAGCCAUCAGCAGAUGCCUAAAGCCCAGACAACGACUCAGCAUUCUUGGGGAGUCCAUAACUAAUUUUAGUCGUUGCCGUAGUCCUGUAUUUGUAACUUACUUCUAGUCCCCUUGUGAUUACUUUUAAAGUUUUAUUAAUUUGAUUUGUUGACAAACAAUACAUGAACAAAAUUGUUACUGAAAUUA